ACGACGACGCGAAAUAAUAGAAAUUCAACGUUUCUUGCGAGAAGUCUAUCAACCGCUGUGUUUUCAUUCACGAGUUCAGUGUUAAAAAUUCAAAGUGAUGCAAUUGGUGAUUGCAAUUUGGUGAAGAAUUCGGUUGGCUUCAUUUUUCGAGCGCAUGCUACUUAUUUUUAUUUUUCUCGCUGCUUUCAUUGUUUCCUAGUUAUUAUAUAUUAUUAACAAAUUAUUAUUGAGAGCGAGCUGAAACGAGUCUUUCACGGUGGAACAGUGAAAUUAUGGCAAUUGCAAAACAGUGAAAUUUAAUGUGUAAACUCACGAAUUAUGUGGUGAAGGUAGUGGCAGGAAUGAAACUAUUGAAAUUAUAAAUGCAAUUCAAAGAGAAAAUCUAAGCAAUGAAAUAAAGAGUGCAGUGAAAAUAUACGAAUCCCAACAAUGCAGCUUCAGAUAAAUAGUUUGUACGUUUAUUUAUAUUAUCAUAUUGUGUGGUAAAAUCAGUAAAAUUCUAAGUGGAAUUGAAAAAGUUUACUUAUAAUUUUAUAUAGUUACAAUAUGCAUAGAAUGCAAGUAACAAACGUUAGAAGAAAUAUCUUUGCUUUCCUUAUUUUGUAUUCAUCGCUACAUCAUGGAAAACUGAUCAAUGCAACAAAUGAUUCUGAUAAAAAACCCAUUGAAUUCGAAUCUUUAACCGACAGUUUUGUACACAAUGCAAAUCCGACGUUGAAUGAUGGGGUACCGACUGUGACAACAGCAAUUCCGGGGAUACCUCCGCCACAAGUGAACCUUAAUAAAUGCUGUCGGUACAAUGAACAUAUGGAUAUGAAUAAAACUUGUGUAAUGGGCAAUUCCAAGCUGUGGGUGCCUUUGAUAUAUCGUAUUUUUCAAAAAAGAUAUCAUAGUCCUCAAGGUGGAAAGCCAAAAUUUAUGACAUUUCAGGAAAAUAUGCGUCCAAUUGUAUAUGUGGAUCAUAAUAACUCGAAGGAGGAUGUGUCGAUGGUGAAUGAUACAAAAGAAACAAAACGUAGUUGCACUGAAGAAGAAUUGGAACUUUUCUCGGCUGGCGGAAAUUGGUUAAUAUUUUCUAAUGGUUCAUUAUUUUUGGGUGAGAGGAAGCAAUUUAUUGAACCCCAGCGAUAUUGUGUUGAUAGAAAUAUCGCACUAGUCUGCUUUCCUAAAGAGCAAAAUACUCAGCAACGAAUAAAGAUAAGAAAAUGCUGCGGUUGGAAUGCAAUUUAUGAUGCUGCCAACGAAACUUGCAUAUUUCCCACCGGUAGUAAUGGUAUUAGUACACCUGAAUUGCCUUUAAAUAAAAGUGUGUACGAGACAAUAUACGGGUUUCCCACAUGCCAUCAUAAAGUUGUACCUUAUGCCAUUGCGGGCGAUUGGAACGAAAACCAAAUGGAUGACGAAGAUGGAAGUCUAAAAUUGCCUCACAAAAACAUAUCUUCUGGUGAUUAUUGCCUUGAACAUUUUCGCGAAAAGGGAGUAAUUGUUGCUGUUAAAAUAUUCACAUGCCUUCAUCACUUUUCUACCGAAGCACCUGCCAAUGCUAUAGCGGCUGUUCGUAGCUCUACUAGUAAUAUGGUGCAAGCAGCUGCUCUUAACAUUGGAAUUGUUAUUUCAGUCGUUUUUCUAGCUGCUACGUUGAUAGCAGGGUAUAUGAUGCCCUCCGUUCAUCAUAUGCUCCAUUGGCGUUGCCAGAUUUACUACGUUUUUUGCUUGUUUGUUGGAGAUUCAAUACUCGCCUACACACAAUUAUCCCAUUCAUUGGAACAUGGUUCAUUUACCUGCCUUUUACUUGCUAGCACAAUGCAUUUCUUCUUUCUAUCUGCUUUCUUUUGGCUAAACACCAUGUGUUUCAAUAUUUGGUGGACUUUUCGCGACUUUAGACCAAGUUCUCUUGAACGCAAUCAAGAACUGCUACGCCUACGACUAUAUUCGGCGUAUGCUUGGGGUGUGCCCUUAUUGAUAAGCGCAAUUGCUUUUACAGUAGAUCAUUUGCCAGAGACACAGUUAUUACGACCAGGAUUUGGAGAACGUAGUUGUUGGUUUAGCGGCGAGCAUUUAUCAAUUUUUGCAUACUUCUUCGGCCCAAUUGGACUUUUGCUGUGUGCUAACAUUGUACUUUUUAUAUCCACUACUCAUCAAUUAACAUGUGGCCUGUGGAAGCGAGACGAUGUCAAAUCGACCACUGAAAAAACCGCACUGGGGAAAGUAUGUUUAAAACUAGUCGUGGUAAUGGGCGUUACCUGGAUAGCCGACGUAAUAUCAUGGGUAGUUGGAGGACCCCAUUCUGCUUGGUUUUUCACCGACAUGAUAAACGCCCUGCAAGGAGUGUUUAUUUUCAUUGUGGUUGGUUGCCAACCACAAGUUUGGGCCGCUUGUAAGCGUUUUUGCUGUCCUCGUUCGCGACAAGAGAUUACAAACACAACGAAUGGCGUACAGCAUUCAAGUUCUUCACAAGGAUUACCAUCGGUGGGAGGAUAUGCAGGUGGUGAAGUUACGCAGAAUACAUCAGUAAAUACCACGUCUAUAGGGGGUAGCCAGCAGACGCAAACAAAAAUACCGAUGGAAACAGUAUGUUAAGUAUUUCUUCAACGAAAGCACAAUUUCAUUUCACAGACGUCGGCAGUUUAUUCACACCGAUAUAUGCACAACAUACCAUAGCAGCUGGACGACGGUGAGCGCAUCGAAUGCCGAAGAUCAGAUCAUUGCAAAGCAGUGAUUCCACAACAAUUACAAUAACAAAAACAAUGACUAAAGUAAUUACUACAACAAAAACAAUAGUAUUAACGUAAGCAAUAGCCAGCAACGCUGAUCGACGCACAUUGCAAGAUACUCGCAGACAGCAUUGCAAAAACAAAAAAGAUAGAGAAAAGCCAACCAGCGAAACCAAAUUGGAUAAAAAAAGAAGAGGGAAAAAAUAGAACAAAAUGAGAAAACAACUACAACGAAUAAGUGAAAAAGAAAUUAUACUAUGUACGUACAAGUAUGUAAGUAAUUGACAAAGCUAAAACGAAGCUGCCUCUAUAAAGAAAAAUCGCGGCGAACAUUAUUAGCGUAUAAUAGAUAUAGCUGUAGUCGUGGCAAYACAGCAGGAAGCGCAGAUAUGUAUGUAUGUAUGUGGUGGGGUGGUUGAAAAUUGCAAGCAAGAAUUAUUAUAUUCAGUUUGAGCAACGAUUUCACGAAUGUAUAGUUUGGUAUGUACACUUCUACAAGUUAUGUAUAUGUAGUUGCAUAUAUAUAUGUUUCUUGCAUUGGAAUACUUAUGGAUGAAUAGACAUUUGGUCGGAUGGAUACACAGUAUGUGGGGUAGAUGAAAAAAUGGUUGGUUGAAUAGUUGGAAAAAUGAGUGAUCGUGAUUGCGUAUGGUUUGUUGCUCUGAAGCUGCUGCUGCUCGACUAGCCUAUCAAAGUACUUAAACGAUUUCAUGAACAACAGAUAGCUGCUUCCCUAUUCUUUCCUGCCUGCAGAAGAUUGACGAAUUGCCAUUGGUAAACUAUUCUUAUGCUAUCGCUAAUAUUUUUAUUUUCCUCACAAUAGAAAUUAUUUAACGCUUUAAGACUACGGUAUUUAUAAUUCUACGCUAGUAGACUCUAUUUAUGAAACUUUACCAUAUACAGCGGAAUUUCGAUAUGUCAUACGGUUAACCAACCAAACCACACACGUACCACAUAUGUAUAUUAAACACGAGCUCAGUUAUCACAAUAAAAAUAUGUGCUUUUCUUUACACAUUGAUUUGCAUACACACACAUAUAUACCAAUGCAUUUAUAUUAUUUUAAGCCAAAAUUUAGCCGUACAAAUUGGUUUUUUUACUGAGCAACGUAAUAUACGUGGACACACGAACUCUUUUGUCGCUUACUGCGUUCUCAUUGAGUCGGCCAAAAAUAUUUUAAUAUCUUAUUCACCCUUGCUCAAAUGUUUCUAUUAAAUUAUGAAUAUUUGCAUAUUACAUACAAAAAUAAACAAUGGAAUUAAAAUUUGCUUAAAUAUUGCAAAUAUUAAUUUGAAACCGAGCGCAACUGCUACCACGGAGAAAAUUUCCUAAUGAAAACGAA